UUAAUUUCCGGGAUAAACAAGGACAUGCGUGUGUUAAAUAAGUCUCCUUGUGACUUUGGUGUCCUGUCUCUCCUCCCCGUUGGGUAGCGUCCCCCCACCAUGGCGGCCUCGGCCCACGUCUCCAGCGUCCGGUCCCUGUACAAGCGCAUUCUGGUCCUGCACCGGUUCCUGCCGAUAGACCUGAGAGCCCUCGGGGACCAGUAUGUGAAAGACGAGUUCAGGAGACACAAAAGCGCUGCAGCCGAGGAGGCGAAGGGCUUCAUGGCAGAGUGGAAGAACUACAAGGACACCCUGCAGACCCAGGUGCUGGAGUCAGCGGGGGGACAGAAGCGCUCGGUGAAGUUCGGGGCCAACCUUCCCGAUGGGACACUCGGCAGCUUCCAGGACGACCAGAUAGGCCAACUGUACGAACUCAUGCUGGAGUCCACCAAAUCCAGCAGACAGUUUGACAUCCAGGAGGACGGCAAGUGAGCAGCGGACUGUGGACAAAAUACAGAUGGUGCCAUGAUGCAUUCAGGGCAUUAACACAUCACCUAUGAAUGCUUCAGACGAGAAGUGGCGCUUAAAAGGCCCUGUAGAGGCAUUUAAAGAUAUUUGAUUAUAUUAAAGUGCUGUGUAAUAGCUCCUUCUUCCUGUGCUUGUCUGUAAAAGCUGCAUUUAGGUGGCACUAAUUAGUCUCAUUUGUCAUGUUCCUUUUUCAUGAAUACCAAAGUGCGUUUUGUUUCUAGUAAAGGAGAUGCCCUCAGAUCUCACAGCGAUGCUUCUGUCAGCCUUGGUGCUGAUGCUGCCGUUGCUGGGGUCCAACUAUGAGCACAUGAAUCCAUGAGGUGUGUGCUGGGUGGGGGGGGGGGGGGCUGUGCUUUGCUGUUUCCAGCACGAGCAGGAGAUCUUCUGUCCAAUAUUUAGAAGGCCUUAAAUUGACAUUUUUGACCUCCCCCCACCCUCCCCCCUGUCUCCGUGCAGCAUGGUCUUCGUUUUGGAAAGUAUGGUCCAAUUUUAAAAAAUGUAAAAGCUUUAGGGCGGACCUGAUUGACAGGUCUCUAUCACAGCUGUGUACUGUGGCGGGGUCUCAUUUGGUGAGCUGCAUCCUCAUGAGGACCUGGGUUGGGUCCUCCGACAACUGAAACGGGACGGUCUGGCCUCUGGGGGGACUUGGGAGCUUUGCCGUUGCCUAGCAACCGGCAGCACUUGACAGUAAAAGCCCCAAAAACGUCUAAAAUGCAGAUAGAGAGGAUAAUCUUCUUAUUUAAUUUAAUAAGAUAUGCUUUGAAUCCCGAGCAACAUAUAUUUCAGGCUUAGGGAAGAACAUUUCCGGUCAUUUCAAAUUCAAUUCGGUUAAGCCAUGUACUUUUAGCUAAAAGGAAUAUUAAAAUCUUCAGGGAGUGGGAAAUCAAUACAGUCAAGACAACAGUUGCCAACCUUAUUAAAUAUGCAGACUUUUUAUUUUCCUCUUGCAUAGUAUACAAGUUCAGUCUAACAUUAAGAUAUUGCAGAAUAUAUCGCAUCCAGAAAGAAUUCACAGCGCUAGACUAUUUCCACAUUUUAUGUUAGUGUGUGGGUCUUAAUUUAGGAAAGAAAAAUUUAAAAAGCUUCAGGGCGGGCCCACUGUGAUUGACUCUAGUUGAGUACCAGUCUGUCCAGCACUCACAUGGGAUGUGAGGGCAUCUGGUCGGUAGUCAUGGAGACCAGAUGGAGUUGUCUUCUUGCAGGGACCACAGCACCGGGACUUUCUCCUGCUUCAGGCUCAAGUUGAACAUAUGUUGUAGCACAAUAGACAGCUGGAUGACGCAUGUCUUCAGUAUCCUGGGGCUUCAGCUUUGCCUUGGUUGAGUCUCUCCAGCAGACGUCUGGGGGGGGGGCGUUUGGAAGGUUUGAUGUGUGGGGGGGGACAGCGAGUCAGUUUACCUCAUUGGCCAUCCCAAGGGAGCCCCCCUGUUGUCUCCCUCCAACCUUGAAGCCAGUUAUUUGCUUCAUCUUGGUCCACACCUCCUUCCAGCUUCCUCCUGUAGGAGUCCCUGCUCUCCCUGAGCUUCACCCUCAGGUCUCGCUGGACCCUCCUCAGCGCCUCCCUGUCUGCAGACCCGAGAGCUGCCUCCUUCUCAUCAAGUCGCUGGUGAUCUAUGGUUUGUUAUUUGGCCAGCAGCGUACAGUCCUGGAUGGUGUGGCGAUUUGUUCAGAGUAUCAAGUCCUAGUUAGAUCUAUGAUAAAUGCCAGUGUGAAAGAUCCCGGCUAACAUGACUUCCAUCACUCUCACCUCACACAAUUUUUAAUCCGUCGGUGUACAAAAUGUAGUUGUUGGGAAGCCAAGUGAUUUUAUACAUAUCAAUGAAUACCUUUUGAGCAGGGCCCAAAGGGAACAAGGCCAGAGCAUCAAGUGCCUUUUAAAUGCUAAUUAGGAUUAAUUAGGAGUGAGAGGCCUUUGUUUGUUUGUUCAUGUUUUCUCCUGUUUUCGGGUAGGGAGAUAGGUAAGACACUUGUAUUUGGUUUGUUUCUUUGUGUGUUCUAGGAAAGGUAGGGGACCUGCACAGAUUGUUUUGUUUGUUUUGGGCCACGCUCACCCUGAAGUUCAUGACCUCGAACUGAAAUAAAUACCAUUUGUGAACGAGAAUGCUGCGGCAUUGGUCUUAAUUUGGGAGGUGGGGAGACUCUUGUGUACGCUACUUCCGGCCUCCCUAGGGCGUAACAUAAGGACGAAAAAUGAGAGAUUGAGCGCAUAAACUCAUCCCCUGGUGGUCACCAGAGAGAAUGUACAUUUUAAGACACUUCCAUCUGCCGAACCGGAGUUAUCUGAGUUGCAUCCUGAUUUUCAGAAUUGAAUUCUGUCAAUCGAUAGUCGUGGAUUCACAAACCACACAAGAUUCCACCAGGCUUCAAACGAUGUGCUUGUGUCCAGCAGCUACCAGCGUCCUCGGCCUGCUGCUCCUGGCUUGGGGCGUAGAGGAGGAGUUUUGGGAUCUCGAAGGAGCAUGUUUUGUCAUAAGCUGGUAAGAAAACUAAACUAUUGACGUUCAUUUUUUAAUUGUCAAUAAUAGAAACAGGCACCACAACAAUAAUGCUGAAGGUUUCACAUCUAAAAUGAAGAGCUAAAAGAGGCUUCAGCACUAAAGAAACUGCAGAUUCAUGGACAUUUUUGGACAGUUUUAUAUUAAAACAUAUUCAUUACUGACACAUUGUUUCUUAUUCAUGUAAACUCCCACAGGGAACUCAUUCAAUCAUGAGAAUUGUAACCCCCCCCCCCCCCUACCAUGUGUAAAAUAGUCGAUUGCAUUAAAUAAGACGUAUAAAUAUUGUAAUUAAAAAUGAAAAAGGCGUAUCAUAUGGCCUGCAGGGUUAUCUAAAGAGGACCAGAUCCACAGCUGGCAGCUACUGAUGAAUCAAUUAUUAUUGGCCAGCAGUCUGUUGUUCGUGUGAAAUUAGUGUUGAAGAACAAACACUCCUGACGACAGACAAUGAGGACAAAGAGAAUUAUUGAAUUCUGUGAAAUAGCAAUCCAAGCAAAGAGCCUCUGUCCUGUUGUGCAGUUGGUUUAAGAUUUGUCUCCCAAUAACUCGCUUAUGGCUUGUAUUUAUACAUUGAUACAUGACGCCGUGCACAGAAAGCUUGGAAUAAUCAGACUUUUCUUCGGAAAAUCCUUACUUUAGUUAUUAUUCUUUGAUGCCUUUUUCAGAAAUAUGUCAAUUCAUUUCUAUAAAAAUACAUCUGCAUUUGAUACUGCACUAUUGGACCCACUUUUAUUUAUUAUUUUCACAUCUCCUUCUACAAUUGUCAUGUUCUUAUCUAAUUUUAAACAUAUAACCAAUUGACCUACAUUUAGCCAUAAAAGUUAAAUAAAUCUCACUGUCCUGAUAGUAAUUGAAGGUGCUGCUGAUGGAUCUCCAUGGUAACAUAUACGUUGUCGUACUAUGAUCUAACCUAUAAUCCUUUUCCAGGUGAGUGCACAGUGCUGUCCUUAGCCAAUCACCUCAAAUCAUCCAUUCAUCAGGUUAGGUGUUUAACUCAAGUUUGGAAUUGGCACAUGGGAAUAUUGUCUCAAGCGUGUUUCUGUGUGUGUGCGUGUGCAUCUACUCGCUUUCAACACAAACAGUAAACCAUUCAACUGUUCAUAAAAAUACAAAUUAAAGAUAAUCGUAAUGCUCUUCUGCAUCUCUUCAAUUCAUUUUAUUUUGUAUUGCACACAAAAACCAAUUACAAAUUUGCCUCAGCGAGUUUAACUUCAUUCUUUGUCCCGAAACCACCUUUCUGUACACAUGCUAUCUCCUUGUAUUAUUUCCAUUUCUGUGUAUAAAUAUUUAAUUCAAGUUACUGUUUUUUGGACUGCUAUUUAUAGCUUUUUGGAUCUUGUUUUUUACUAUGUAGACACUUUUCCCCUUAUCUUGUCUGACUACCAUUCACACCACGUAGUCACAGCUACGGGAGCCGGGGAUCAAGCCUCUUUUUAUGUAACGUCUUGUUUAAGUGACUCAGACAUCUUAAAUAUGUCACUAUUUAUUGUUCACAAUACUGGUGUAAAAUACAAAAUAUUGGUCCAAACUAACAUUGGCUUACUUAUAAAGUGUAUUGAUCUAUCAAUAUUGUUUUAGCCACCUGGCAUUACAUUGUAUGCAAUGGGCCAUUCCCUAUACUGAAUACGUUUGGUACUUAUAGUAUGUUCUAAAUACAUUCCAAUACUUACUUAAAUACCACUUUAACUGUAAAGCUUUUACUUGCAACAGAGCAGUUCUACACCAAAGUAUUCAACCUAUUUUUAAUUAAGUCAAAAAUGUUCUUCAUUUCUUACUUUCUCUCCUUCUUUCUGAAUCUCUAUCAAUUUGACGGCAGAUUUAUGACAGGCUGCCAUUUUUUACCCUGAUAUUUAGUUUUAUCAGUUGGAUUUAUUUGUUUGGUGCUUACAUACAUCCUGGUGUCUUCUCAGUGACAUGAAACAGCAUAUUGCUUCCAGAGAGGGGAGGGAGACCUGUGAUUGACACAUGGAUUAGCGUGUUUAGUGUCAGUGAGGAUCAGAGGUCGGUGUGACAGCUCCGUCCUUCAGAGUCAAUGCGAAGCUGCCCAAAUAGAAAAAAAGGCUUCAUCAGAGAAAUGUCAUCAUGAUAUGAGGAUAAUGAUUAUGGACAAACCCCCGUAUACACAUCAGAUACAAUAACAACACGUGAUUUCAAGGAUUAACGUGUUAAUGAUGAUCCAGAUCGAUGUAGCUGGAUGAUGCAACUACUUUGAUCACAAUGGGCCCAAAACAGUGUCCAUCAUUCCCCCAAAGGACGUGCCGUGUUUUGCAAAAUCACCACCAAUAUUUUCUGGCUAUUCAAUUAAGA